GCGUUUUAACUAACAGUGUCUCACGACUAGGAUGUACAUCUUCGUUUUUUGGUCAGCUGCAACCCAGCAAGAGUUCGAUGUGCAUAACCCCAGAAAAAUUUCCCACUUGGUCUGCCACUGUUCUUUGAGGAGCUUAUAAACCGUCGAGCAGAGGAGAAACUAUAUAAGUAUUCACAACUGAUUCUAAAUUCAAUGGCCCCUGUCGCUCCGAGGUCUGGAGAUGCGGUCUUUGCCAAUGUCGAGCGAGUGAAUGCUGAACUGUUUACUCUCACAUAUGGGGCGAUCGUACGGCAACUUCUUACGGAUUUGGAGGAGGUCGAGGAAGUCAAUAAGCAGCUGGAUCAGAUGGGUUACAAUAUUGGAGUUCGAUUGAUUGAUGAAUUUCUUGCAAAGUCUGGUGUUUCCAGAUGCAUUGAAUUCAAGGAGACAGCUGAAGUGAUAGCAAAGGUGGGGUUUAAGAUGUUUUUGGGGGUCACAGCAUAUGUCACCAACUGGGAUGCUGAUGGAACAAGUUGCAGUCUCGUAUUGGAGGAUAAUCCGUUAGUAGAUUUUGUUGAACUUCCAGAUACAUGCCAAGGUCUGUAUUACUGUAACAUCCUAAGUGGAGUUAUCAGAGGAGCCCUAGAGAUGGUCUCAAUGAAGACUGAAGUCACAUGGGUACGUGAUAUGCUCCGAGGAGAUGAUGCAUAUGAAUUGCGGGUGAAACUUCUGAAACAAAUUCCAGAAGAGUACCCAUACAAGGAUGAUGAAUAACCUGUUUUCCACGAGUAUAAGCUUAAGUUUUUUAUUUUCUUCAUAAAUGUUAGAAAAGUUGUUCUCAUGAUUGGAAGUGACAAUGCCCCCUUUUUUUUCUUGAAAAAUUAAGAUUCUAGUUUCAUAUUUCCAUUUGCAUAGUUUACGGGGAACUGGUGAAAUGGUGAUAUAUGGAUCUCCUAUUAUGCAUUGGGUCACAUGCCAAUUUAGGGGGUGACCUAUUGCAUGGAUUAGUUUCUCCUGAUGAUCAAUGAUGCUGCUUUUCAGAAAA